UCUGUCAAGGGAGAGAAGAAAAAGCGUUCAGAAGGGGGGUUCUGAAGACUGACCAUCCAUGUCUUGCAGGAGCAACAACUAGACCGGACCUUGCAGUGGCAACUUUCUGAGUUCAGACCUUUACCUCUAGACUAGCAUUUCAAUCAUGAGCCCUUAUCCUUUUUAGCCCAUUACCCUUCAGUAUAAAUUCCUAUGCCUUCUGGGGGGGCGUUGUGCUAGUUGGGGGAAUGGGGAGUUGUUUCGUUUUUAAUUUUUUUUUUUCCAAUUCAGUAAUGCUUUUUCCUUUUUACCCCUGUUGAUUGCCUGAAACCAAAUUCAGUAUGAAUAAGAGAGGGAAAUAUACAACACUGAAUUUGGAGGAGAAAAUGAAGGUUCUAAGUAGGAUUGAAGCGGGACGAUCUCUUAAAAGUGUAAUGGAUGAAUUUGGAAUCAGUAAAUCAACAUUUUAUGACAUUAAAAAGAACAAGAAAUUGAUUUUGGACUUUGUACUGAAGCAGGACAUGCCAUUAGUAGGGGCUGAGAAGAGAAAGAGAACAACAGGAGCCAAAUAUGGUGACGUGGAUGAUGCAGUCUACAUGUGGUACCAACAGAAACGCUCAGCUGGUACCCCUGUGAGAGGUGUGGAGCUUCAGGCUGCUGCCGAGAGAUUUGCACAGUGUUUUGGGCGAACAGACUUCAAAGCUAGCACUGGUUGGCUUUUUAGAUUUCGAAAUAGGCAUGCAAUUGGGAACCGAAAAGUAUGUGGGGAACAAGUCCUACGUUCAGCUUCAGAAAAUGUUGAGCCGUUUCGACAAAAACUGUCCAUGCUUAUCAAAGAGGAGAAACUGUGUCUUGCUCAGCUGUACAGUGGGGAUGAGACUGACCUCUUUUGGAAGUCAAUGCCAGAAAAUACUCAGGCAAGCAGAAAAGAUAUCUGCCUGCCAGGGAGGAAAAUAAACAAAGAACAAUUGUCUGCUCUUUUAUGUGCAAAUGCGGAUGGUACUCAUAAGUUAAAGUCAAUUAUAAUUGGAAAAUCAAAGCUGCCCAGAAGUGUAAAAGAGGACACAUGUACAUUACCUGUGAUAUACAAACCUAGUAAAGAUGUUUGGUUCACCAGAGAAUCGUUUUCAGAAUGGUUUUUUCAAAACUUUGUUCCUGAAGUCAAGCACUUUCAAGUUAAUGUUCUAAGAUUCCAUGAGGAGGAUGUCAGGGCCUUGUUACUUCUGGACAAUUCUCCAGUUCACCCUUCCACUGAAUCACUAACCAGUGAGGAUGGUCGAAUAAAAUGCAUGUUCUUUCCCCAUGACACUUCAACCUUGAUUCAACCAAUGAAUCAGGGUGUGAUCUUGAGCUGCAAACGACUUUACAGGUGGAAGCAACUUGAGGAGAGUCUUGUAAUUUAUGAAGAAAGUGAUGAUGAGCAAGAUAAAGGAGAAAAAGGAGUUUCCAAGAUUAAAAUCUACAACAUAAAAAGUGCAAUUUUUAACUGGGCAAAGAGUUGGGAUGAAGUAAAACAAAUAACCAUAGCAAAUGCAUGGGAAAAUCUUCUUUACAAAAAGGAACCUGAAUAUGAUCUUCAAGGCUUAGAAGAUGGAGAUUAUAGAGAAAUUCUUGAGAAAUGUGGGGAGUUGGAAACCAAGCUGGAUAACGAUAGGGUGUGGUUAAAUGGGGAUGAAGAAAAGGGCAGCCCCCCGAAAACAAAAGGUGGAAUUACAAAGGAAGUUGUUCAAAAAGCGGGAGCUGAGGAGCAGACUGCUGAAUUUAAGUUAUCUGCUGUAAGAAAGAGUUUGGACUACCUUCUUGACUUUGUUGAUGCAACACCUGAGUUUCAAAGGUUCCAUUUUACACUGAAAGAGAUGCAACAAGAAAUAAUCAAGAAGCAGUUCCAGAGUAGAAUCCAUUCUAGAAUUGGUAGCUUUUUGAAAUGUAGGCCUCAUAAUAUUAAGGAUUCCUUCAAUAUGCCUUCAACUUCUGGUUGUAGUAAGUAGAUAUUGUGUUUAAAGAUUUCUGCAGUUAUGUAAUGAUACAUGAAUUAGACUUGUUGUGAACUGUCAUUGUUUUUAUCAACUGACCUCACUUUGCACAGCAAUGCCCAUUUAUACUGUUUAUAAAAUACACGAUUUGAAAGUAAUAAAUUUGGGGCUUUUGAUGUAUAAAUAUGUUCAUUAAUCUAUAUUUUUUUCUAUUUUAGACAAGGACUUGAAUAAUGAGGAACUAUUGUCCCAGAUUAUCUAAGGUGAAAUGGAUGUGGGGAAAGCAUUAAAGUCUAAAUGUAUUCACAGCAUAUAACAAAGAAGCUAUAUAUAUGCUGACUAGUUAUUUAAGAAGAUAAGGACAGACUUGGUUUUCAAUUUAAUGGUAUGACAUACUCGGCUCUUGGCUCUUGUAAAUGAGUUACCACCUGUUUAGUGUUUGUUUUCUUCUUAUUGUGGAAGUGACAUAUGCUGAUUAUAAAAAGAUUUAUAAGAAAGAUAAAAAGCACCCAAAUUCUGUCAACUGAUGAUAGGCUCCCUUAACACUUUGGUAUAUUUCAUGUAUUUUAAAAAAUAGGUAAGUUACAUUGUAAAUACAAUUUUAUAUCUUAUUGUCUUAGCAUUUUUGUUACUUAUAAAAUUAGCAUUUGUGAACUACAAUGAGGUAUCACCUCACACUGGUCAGAAUGGCCAUCAACAAAAAAUCUACAAACAAUAAAUGCUGGAGAGGGUGUGGAGAAAAGGCAACCCUUUUGCACUGUUGGUGGGAAUGUAAAUUGAUACGGCCACUAUGGAGAACAGUAUGGAGGUUCCUUAAAAAACUAAAAAUAGAACUACCAUACGACCCAGCAAUCCCACUACUGGGCAUAUACCCUGAGAAAACCAUAAUUCAAAAAGAGUCAUGUACCACAAUGUUCAUUGCAGCUCUAUUUACAAUAGCCAGGAAAUGGAAGCAACCUAAGUGUCCAUCAACAGAUGAAUGGAUAAAGAAGAUGUGGGGACUUCCCUGGUGGCACAGUGGUUGAGUCCCCCUGCUGAUGCAGGGGACACGGGUUCGUGCCCCGGUCCGGGAAGAUCCCACAUGCUGCGGAGCGGCUGGGCCCGUGAGCCAUGGCUGCUGAGCCUGCGCGUCCGGAGCCUGUGCUCCACAACGGGAGAGGCCACAACAGUGAGAGGCCCGCGUACCGCAAAAAAAAAAAAAAAAAAAGAAGAUGUGGCACAUAUAUACAAUGGAAUAUUACUCAGCCAUACAAAUUGAGUUAUUUGUAGUGAGGUGGAUGGACCUAGAGGCUGUCAUACAGAGUGAAGUUAAGUCAGAAAGAGAAAAACAAUACCAUAUGCUAACACAUAUAUAUGGAAUCUAAAAAAAAAAAAAAAAAAGGUUCUGAAGAACCUAGGGGCAGGACAGGAAAAGAGACACAGACUUAGAGGAUGGACUUGAGGACACAGGGAGGGGGAAGGGUAAGCUGGGAUGAAGUGAGAGAGUAACUGACAUACAUACACUACCAAAUGUAAAAUAGAUAGCUAGUGGGAAGCAGCUGCAUAGCACAGGGAGAUCAGCUCAGUGCUUUGUGACCACCUAGAGGGGUGGGAUAGGGAGGGUGUGAGGGAGACAUAAAAGGGAGGAGAUAUGGGGAUAUAUGUGUAUGUAUAGCUGAUUCACUUUGUUAUAAAGCAGAAAUUAACACCAUUGGGAAGCAAUUACACUCCAAUAAAGAUGUUUAAAAAUAAAAA